AUGGACUCCCUGAACUUCGCUGCCAACACUCCACGCGUCCUCAACCAGUGUCUCGCGCUCCUUGACCAGCCUGCUAGACCUACUGCCACCUUUUCCGUACCUCUGACACCAAAAAAGUACGAAAACCAUCCAGAUAUCCAGUUCUUUUCUUCUAUAAAGAAGAAGCACCAUUUUGAAUAUCAUAAACUGAAGAAAAAUUCCACCCGUGACGCUUGGCUCGAUAAAUCUACUGUUCCCAUGAUUCAUAGCGGAAAAUCAACGUCGUUUGAUCCAUAUUCGAGAGCUGAUCUUCUCCAUCGAAUCUCCACCUUCAACGCUCUAAACUGGUCGAUUCCACCUUCCAGCGAUUUAAACGAAUCGGGAACAGUUCUGCCUUCGACACUUAAUGAACUUUUUUGUGCUCUGAACGGCUGGGCCUGCGAACCCAUCUCAAGAAACAAUAACUUCUCCAACCACUUGAAGUGUUCCGUGUGCGAGGUCCAAUUGAUUUUGAGGUUCAAUUCUGUGGACGAAGCCAGCUACGGCAAAUUUCUGUUUGAUAUGGAAGACAUAGUGAGACUUAACGAUAACUUGAAGGUCUCAUAUCUCUCAGAGAUUCGCCAUGGAGCACAUUCUCAAUCAUGUCCAUGGAAGUCUCUUUCGUGCUCUCUACAGGGAAUUUACUAUAUGACGCCGUAUGUAAGUGCGACAAAUGCCACACUUGUGACGGAGUACUUGCUGUGCUUGAAGAACUUGAUCGAUAAUCUACCUGCAUUAGAAAACAUGGGCGCCUUUUGCCAGACAUUGGUGCCUUCUGGCACAAGUGAGCUUGACGAGCACUUUGUGAGGGUCUCCAAAAUGUGGUUUCUUGAUCGUUUUUAUACUGACACCAAGGAGAACUUUGCAGCUGUGUUGGAUUUUGUCUGUCCUCCAUGGAUCUACAAGGUUGCGGCACUGGGCUGGAAGUUGUCCCUACAGAGUCAUCAAGAAGACACCGUGCUACUCAUGACAUGCGAUUGUUGCAAUCAGCGCUUGUUUGUGGAGCAGCAUAUGGCUGAGGGAGUUGUUCACUCACACAAACCCUGGUGUAUGCAUAUGAGCUACAUGGGACAGAUGUCUUUCUAUGAAUACUUCUAUCGCUUGAUCGCCCUGCUGGAAAAGUCGAUUGGUCCUCACGGUGAGUAUCUCGUGGACCAAGAAUUGUCCUUUGACAUGGACCCAUUGACUAACAAUCGAAAGAGAAGAGAGAGCUUUGACAUCAAUGACGGCUUAGAUAGACUUACAAAACUACGCAAGAUGUACUUUGUCAGCUAG